AUGCAAUUUCUCAUUAUACAUAGUGUUUUUUCAUUGAAUCUUACCAAUGAGUAUCUAAACCACAAAUGCCUCCUUAAUCAAGGGAAAUAUAACUUUGGAAGUGAGUACGAGUACAACCUCAACUCCAUCAUCGAUUACAUUCGUACUAGUCCUUAUGGGGUUGGUUCCACAAAAGUAAGUCGUGGAAAUACAACAGCCAAUUUUGCUCAAAUCAUUGUCCAAUGUCGUGGUGACUCUUAUGGGAAUAAAAUUAGCUUUACAUGCUUUGACACCGCAAUUUCUGGGUUUCGUAAGAGAUGUCCGAAUAACAAAGGAGGAAUGAUAUGGUACGACCAAUGUUUUCUCUAUGUUAGCACGGUCGAUGUAGAACUUCCGGGCAAUACUAUUUACAAGAAUAUUUUUUCUAUGCACAAUCCAAAAAAAGUGAGAGGGGAUACAAAACUGUUUGCCAAUAGAGCAAUAGAUUUUCUUUCUGAGCUAACACUUAAACUCCAGAAACCCAACAAUAUACUCCAUCUCCCCGUAUUUUACGCGGCAGGGGAAAAGAAGGUAGGGAAAAAUACAUUAUAUGCAAUGGUGCAAUGUCUAGAUGUAUCAUUAGAUUGUACAAGUUGUUUGAAAGGGAGUAUCACAAAACUUUUCAAGAAGAACGACAUUAAACAAGGAGCGAGAGUUUUAGGUUCGAAUUGUUUUGUAAGGUAUGAGCUAUACCCUUUUCUUAGGAGUUAA